GUGUGUUUCUGUGGAAGGUGCUGGCAGUUUGUCUGGAAUAACUGCAGUGGUUUGGUUAAUAGGAAAAGAGGGAGUGUCUAUGACAAGCCAAUUCACAUGCAUGCCAUUCCCCUGGAUCAGAGCGACUCAUUCCAGACAUGUCUCUCCAGAAUUACCAUUAUUGCACUCUCCGUUCCUCAUUUACAGCACUUACACUCAUUGCACCCUCUUGAAUUGGAUGAAAGCAAUCAAUCGAUCUUAUCUCCAAGGUAAAUCGGUUCCCGGCGUCUGGCAAAACGGUACCAGCACAACCUCUUGAUGUCAGUGUAGAUGACUUGAGUUCCUGUGAAAAGUGAUGAGCGUCUGGGAGUGUGGUUUGCUGAUAUUUGAGCCUGAGAAUCGGGUGGAGGAGUUCAGAGAAUGACUGCAGACAAAGGUGUAGAGUGGCACUAGAGUCGUCGCCGCAGAAGAGCUUUGUGGAGAUGGUGUCGAGAGGACUACAAUGAAAAGUUGGGGAGGGGCUAAAAAGACUUUGCUUUUAGCAAAUCCCGAACUCUGCGUAUCAUUGGUCUGCCAGAUGCCCCCAGUGUGAAGGAAGUAUCACCAGGGAAACUUGUAGUCUGUCUCUGCACUAACAUGCAUGAGCAAGGAUCCAGGCUGAAUCAUCCCUGGGAACGGCUGUAGAACUUUUUCUGGCUCGAACCUCUAGAAAAACCCUUCAGUAAUGUUCUCGUCUUCUCUUCCACAGUUAUAUUGCAAAGCCUUUGCAAAGAUGGGGGACGACAAGCCUUUUGUGUGCAGUGCUUCUGGCUGUGGGCAGAGGUUUACUAAUGAGGACCACCUGGCUGUUCACAAACACAAACAUGAAAUGACGCUGAAGUUUGGACCCGCCAGAACUGACUCAGUUAUCAUUGCAGACCAGACGCCGACUCCCACUCGUUUCCUGAAAAACUGUGAAGAGGUGGGCUUGUUCAAUGAGCUGGCAAGCUCGUUCGAGCAGGAGUUCCCUAAGGCCCAGGAAGAUGAGGACAAGAGGGCCAAGAACCCGUUGCCUGCUCCUAAUUCAGGAGCACUUGAUAUGAGUUUGCAAACGCCUUCAGACGUUAAGGUGAAAGAGGAGGACCCCGUGGAGGUGGACUCCUCUCCGCCUACCAGCCCUGACUCCAUCUCCAGCAUGUCAGAUAGCAGCAAAGAGGCCUUAAGCAGAGGAAAGGAUUCUCCUUCAAAGCCUGCCAUCAGUUCGGCUCCCACACCUGCCAUAGUGCGUCCUGGCUCCCUCCCCCUGCACCUGGGUUAUGACGGCCUGCAGCCCACCAUGCCCUCCCCCACCUCUGUCAUCACACACACCCCACCAUCCAACCGCACACUGGGAUCUCCCACAGUGCCGUACCCAAUGAUGAUGCUUCCCAAUGGUCAAACAGUUCCUGUUCUUCCAGGUCCUAUGCAGAUGCCCUCUGUAAUAUCUCUGGCGAGGCCCCUGUGUAUGGUGCCCAACAUUCCAGGAAUACCCGGCCCUCCACUAGGGGGCAGCAGCAGCGGCUCGUCUUCACCCUCUGGUUAUAACCCCCACAAUGAGGCAAAGAUGAGGUUGAAGGCAGCAUUAUCUCAGCAGAUGCCCGCGGCUCAGGGUUGUCUUGGUGUGGCGAUGGGGUCCAGUGCGAUGGUCCCUCAGAGGGUGGAGCAAAGCCAGCUGCUGGUCCAGCAUCCAGAUGCCCCAUCCCCUGCUCAGCCACAGGUGUCACCUGCUCAGCCCACCGGAGGUCGCAGGCGGAGGACGACUGAUGAUGACCCUGAUGAGAGGAGGCAGCGCUUCCUGGAGCGGAACCGGGCAGCAGCUUCUCGUUGCAGACAGAAACGCAAGAUAUGGGUCAACUCUCUGGAGAAGAAGGCUGAAGAACUCACCUCCUUCAACGUCUCGCUGUCGAACGAGGUGUCUCAUCUACGAAAUGAAGUUGCUCACCUAAAGCAGUUGCUGUUAGCCCAUAAAGACUGUCCCGUCACCAACCGCCAGAAGAAAGCUGUCUACUUGGGAGAGGAGCACAUGAAAGAGACAUCUGAGCCCACGGGCUCCCCGGCACCGGUCAUUCAGCACAGCUCUCUGGCCCCCAGCCCCUCAUCUGCAGUAGGGCCCAACGGUCUGAGCUCCCGCGCCGCGGCCGAGGCGGUGGCCAUGUCAGUGCUGGCGGGGAUGGGCAGCCAGCGGGGGGAGAGCGGCAGACCGUCGCACAUCAUCAUGGCCACACAGUCCCACCCAUCCAGCAGAUGAUGAGCGCAGCUAACUGUCUGCCUGGGACUCUCCGCAUCCCGGGAGAGGGGCAGAUCUGUGAGAGGAGAAUGCACUCUGUUCCCAUUCUUCAGUCUGGUUCCCUCUCAUGCCAUCAAGCUCUGGCCUGGAGAUCAGCUGCAUUCUGGGAAUGAAACUGGGACUGUGCACACAUACAGUGGGGAAAAUAUUUAUUUGAUCCCCUGCUGAUUUUGUACAUU